AUGCACAACGGCGGCGACGAGCAAGACGCGCUCCGGCCAGCGCCAGCACGCUCGCAGCAUCACGGACAACAACAGCAUCAGCAGCAAUCCUCGUCUUCGCGCCGUCAACACGGCGGCGAGCCGCAUUUUGAUAUCAGACAGCACCCCGCUGCAAUCGCCUACGCCGCGUCACAUCCAAACCGCACGAUCCCAAAAUUUGGACCGUAUAUUCUUCUGCAGACGCUUGGAGAGGGCGAGUUUGGCAAGGUCAAGCUCGGGUUGCAUUCGCAGUGGGCUGAAGAAGUCGCCGUCAAGCUCAUCCGGCGCGGGAGCGUUGAAAAUGAGGUUCGGAUGCAAAAGAUUCGACGAGAAAUUCAGGUUCUCGAGACGACCCCCCAACCAAACGCCGCCCAGACGCUCAAACAUCCGAAUAUCGUAAGACUUUACGAAGUCAUUGAAACCGACAAGUACAUCGGCAUCAUCCUCGACUAUGCUUCUGGCGGAGAACUCUUCGACCACAUUCUCGCCCACCGGUACCUCAAAGAAAAGGAUGCGCGUAAACUAUUUGCCCAGCUCAUCUCCGCGGUAUGGUAUAUCCACCAAAAGAAGAUUGUCCACCGCGACCUCAAACUCGAAAACUUGUUGCUCGAUCGCAAUCGCAACAUCAUUGUCACCGACUUUGGGUUUGCGAACCGGUUUGAGCACAAGUCGGACGAUCUGAUGCAGACGAGCUGCGGUAGUCCGUGCUACGCCGCGCCGGAACUCGUGAUCAGCGAGGGCAUGUACGUGGGCUCUGCCGUCGACAUUUGGUCGUGUGGUGUUAUCCUCUAUGCCAUGCUGGCGGGCUAUCUGCCCUUCGACGAUGAUCCGGAAAACCCAGAGGGCGAUAACAUUCAGCAGCUCUAUCGGUACAUCCUCAACACUCCCCUGACCUUUCCCGACCACGUCUCCGCCGAAGCCAGGGAUCUCCUCCACAAAAUGCUGGUUCCCGAUCCAGCACAGCGCUCGACGCUCGCGGCAAUCAUGGAGCAUUCGUGGCUGCAACCAUACGCCCAUUUGUUCACACAGUCCAUCGAAGAAUCGGAGAAACUCUCCAAGGAAAUGCAAGACGCCAAGCGACACCAGUAUCGCAAGCAGAUGCGCGAGAGGGAAAGGGAGCAGGCCCGCCAGGCGCGUGCGCAGGCGCAACGCCGCGAACAUCAUCAGACGCAUGUCAUCGAGCCCUCGACAUCCUCCCGCGACGCCAGAGCUGCCGCAGACCGUUUGUACGAUCCCAGUGCGCCACCCGGUGGUUCUGGCGCAUACACGCAACAGGAUCGUACGGGACGAAGAGCCGUAGCGUCUGCGAUUGUAAUGCCCUCAUCGCCACCGGAAGAUGACCAUGUGCUUUCCAUGACCAGCGAGCCAUUCCCCGAGCCGAUCGUCUCCGCUGUUUCUCCCUCCAAUGCCGUCGUCGGAUCGCCCGUCGAGCUCGGACCGUCGCAGGCCGCGAGAGAUAGAAAGGCUUCGACAAAGUCUCACAGCUCGAAAAAGGGCCAGAGUUCAAGGUCUCCCACGGCGGAGAGCGGCAUCGGUGCCUCGCCGCAAAAGGCUGGAGGAUUUAGACAUACUAUUCAGCUCGAGUAUGAUGAUGGUGCAGAAGUACAACCAUCUCCGCCCACGCCACCAAGACCGUCCUCGAGGAGCCGCGCCGCUGCAGCGGCUGCUGAACUGCCGAGCGACAUGGCAAACCUCAAUCUCAAUGGUACCCAACCCGAAGGAGACUUUUACUUUGCGAACGCAGAAGCUUCCAAGCAGUCACCGACCAAGUCGCGAAGAAGCUCGACGGCGUCACGUCCGCCGGUACCCAUACCAGCCGUCCCUGCGAUUCCACCGUAUACGACUGGUCGUCGCGGAUCGAAUGCAUCUCCGGUUCUUGCGAGAAAUGCUGCCACCGAUCCCGGCCCGGGAUGGGAUCACGCCCAGCAAGACACAGGUGACAGCUCCGCGACAACGCCAAUGGAACAGCCUACUCCACCUCCGGAGCCUACAUCGGCAAAGAUCAAGUCGCGACCGAGUUCUUCCUCUGGUCGAAGGCAUGUUCGGGGAAUUUCCAUUGACCGGAUAGUUGGCUUUGGCAAGAUGAUUACUGGUGGUGGAAAAGACACGACAAACGCGACGACAGGAGACUCGAGCCCUGUGACGGGAAGCCCGACUGUCAGCAAAGGCUCUGGUCUCGGGAAGCGUUCGUCGUCGAGGUCAGGACGAAAGGGUGGAGAGGUCGCGCCGCCUCUGAACCAGCAAGAGGCACUGGAGUCCAAGUCGUCUGUGGGACCGCCAACGGAGACGACUGAAGGUAGUUCGACUACGGUUGCCGCUCCAGUACCCACGACGCCUGGUGAAACGCCCAGCAACGACGUCUCGAUGUCAGAGUCGACUUCUGGCUCUGUCAAGAGCAAGAGAAGAGGUGGCAAGGCGCUGAGUUUGAUGGUCGACCCGAUUGUCAAGAUGAAGGAUCGCUCAAAGAACCGUGCCUCGGUCACUGUUGGUGCCGAAAUGCCAUCCAAGGAGGAUAGAAAGGCCAAGAUCACUUCCACUCCUAUCAGCGCCCAACCUGAUGCCGAUACUGCGCCCACCCCGUUCCCAGAAAAGACGGAGAGUUCGACAAACGUAGACAAGCAUGGCACGACUGGCAAACAAGGGUGGCAUUUGCCACUCUUCCGCGAUGCGUCUGUGCGCGGGAGCCAGCGUGCGCAAACCCAACGAGCGCCAGCCGCUCCCGUCGUCCUCCCAAUUGUCUCUCCAACACAAGCAGAGCAGAUCGAUCCAUAUCAUGCCGGUGAAGCCCUCACUGGGAUGGCACCGACCGGAGCGACGACGAAGAGUCAGGGUGUCAUGGAUUGGUUCAGGAAGAAGAGUCUUGCCAAGGAGAGAAGACGAGCUGGUAGUGUCACUGAGCCUCCUUCCAUCAUGCCUACCGUCACUAGUGGACCUAUCAUGCCGACAAACGAUGCAGAGGCCGAGCGUGCUGCCGCGGUGGAGCGGGAUGCUACUGGAGAUAGGGCAAAGACACCUACGCAAUCCUCAGCGCAGGAAGAGGCAAAGACACCGACUCGAGGAUCGUUCCGCAAGGGCAAGAACCCACCUAGUGUCGUCGUCACCGCAGCGACAGACCCUGCACCGAGCAACGCGUCGCAAAAGGAGUCGGUCAAUUCUUCGUCAACGACGCCCAGUCGGAUGGACCGUGUUGUCGGGGCCAUCAAGAACGUGACGCAUGUUCCUCCUGCUGUCAAUGUACCUACCACGAGCAAGCGCUCUGGUGGCUCGUCUGGCGCUUCGUUCGGUGGCAGCUCUUCGGGUGGAGCAUCAUACAACAAGCUUGCUCUGCGCUUGCAUGAUGGUCCCGUGGAUCCAUCGACUCUUAGCACUGCGCCUCCGCAAGAGAUUAUCGCCCAGGUUCUUGAAGUCUUAAAGGCACUUGGAAUUGAGUACACGAAGGAGUCAGAGUUCAAGUAUCGAUGUGUGCGACCGAAGAAGAGGAAGCAUGGUGCACGUGAAGCGUCUGGCUCAGGCACUGGAAAUGGCACGACCGCCUCCACUUCCGGCAACGGGCUUGACAAGCGUGGCCUGCCACUCCCAACUUCGACCUUUGCCUCGACUGGAAAUAUGUUCAAGUACAUUAUGCGUCGUAGCUCUUCCCAAGCACCGCCCGCACCAAAUUUCGGCUCGAGCGCACCGAUAGCGUUUGACGAGGAUGCAUUAGACCUUGGCACGCCAACAGCCGAACCCACUUCUUACGAGGCGUCCUCUUCAACGGAGCCAAAGGUUGAGCCCAUCUACGGAGACAAGACGGACCAACACGACGAAGUCCGCUUCUCUGUUGAAGUCACCAAGAUUGAUCGACUGGACGAUUUAUUGAGUUUGGACAUUCGACGUCUCAAGGGCAACCUGAAGAGCUACAAGUUCUUGUACGACAUUAUCCGAGAGCGCUGCAACCUCCAACGAUAA